UUGAGAUUGAGAAGCGGGGUUGAACGGCAGCCCUGGAUAAAGCUGCAGCAUUUCCUCCACGUGAUUUUCACUUCAAAACCACAAAAGCCUAAAAAACAUUUCAGACAUACAAACACUUCCACUCUUCAGACAGCUCUUUUUGUAAUCGCAGCCUAAAUGCUGCAUAAUCCAGCAAACCAACACAAGUUCUCCUGUUCCUGUGCUUCCCAGUGACGCAGGACUUUAGCCGCACUCUUAAUGGCGACUCCAGGCUACACAGAGGAGCUCCAGUCCUCCCAGCCUCAGGGGGGCAGCGUGACCACGCCGAAAAGCGGCCAGCAGAAAGCCAGUCCCACUGUCACGCCCGCGUUCCUGCCGGACAUCCAGAGCUCGUCCGGCUCCUCCCCUUCACAGGCAGGCCUUUCCUCUAGAAUAACGCAGACCACGCCUCCGGCGAUCCUCAAGAAGGCCGUUCUGGCCACGCCCACUCAGGUUACAGCGGCGGUGGCACAGUACGAGAUUCCGAGCUCCGCCUCCGGGUCCAGCAACGGGCAAAACACACCACAGUACAUAGUGGUGACCGUUUCAGAAGGAUCUGUCCAUUCGAACGACUCCGUGUCGGACUCCAGUCCGCCUCCCACCGUCCAGACGGGUGUGCCGACACACGUGGUGCAGACUGCACAGAGGUCAGUAGUGCAGACCACAGCCAAGAGCGGCCAGCAUGGAGUUGGCAACCUGCACAUUACUCCUGAGAUCUCUCAAGUAGGGCAUGUCUACUCCAGCCAGGUUCAGUACGUGGACGGAGACGGCAACUACAACACCACACCCAUUCGUUCCAGCACGUACCCGUUCACAGAGUCCUCCCUCUACGGCCAGGCCACGCCCUCCGGCCCGUACUACGAUGAUCCGCCCACGACCGUGUCACAGGUCUCCACCCCCGUGACUUCGCAGCCGGUUUCCGUGACUACGGGAUUCUCAGGGGGUGGUACAGGGGUUACGGUCGUAUCUGGAGCAUCGUCUUCGGGUGGAGGGGGAGGCGGGGCCGGAUCCGGAGUUGUUGCUGGGGGCGGGGCUGGGAGUGCCUCCAGCGGAGGAGGAGCAGGGGGUUAUGUGGUUCCAGGCAACUACGUGAUGGGAAGCGCAGGCCAGAAUUACACGCACAACAUUCGUGCCUCACCUGCUACUGUGCAAUGGCUGUUGGAUAACUAUGAGAAGGCAGAGGGUGUGAGUCUGCCGCGCUGCACGCUGUACUAUCACUACCUGCUGCACUGCCAGGAGGCCAAGCUGGAGCACGUCAACGCCGCCUCCUUUGGCAAACUCAUCCGCUCCAUGUUCCUUGGCCUGCGCACCCGCCGACUCGGCACCAGAGGGAACUCGAAGUACCACUACUAUGGCCUUCGGAUCAAGAGCAGCUCCCCCCUGCACCGGCUCAUGGAGGACCAGCAGCACCUGGCCAUGAGACAACAGCCCUUCUCGCAUAAGCACAGGAUUAGACCGGUGCAGAAAGUUGAGGGAAUGACCAAUGGGAUGGGCAUGGGGGUGGGCCAAGGAGCAGGCCAGGGGGUGGGGCUGUUUGACAUCAGCUCCCACAUCCAGCAAUAUCAGCAGUUUUUGGAUUCGUCUCGUUCUCUGCCUGAGUUUUCAGAGAUUGAUCUCCAGGGAAAGGCCCUGCCAGAAGGGAUUCUUCCGGAGCAUAUCCGAGCCUACCAGCAGCUCUACCGGGAACACUGUGAGGCGAUAGUGGAUGUGAUGGUGAACUUGCAGUUUCCUCUGGUUGAGACUCUGUGGAAAAGCUUUUGGAGAUUCAGCGAGGGGCAGACUAAUGAAGCACUCGACCUUCACAGCGAAUCCGAGAAGCGGCUGCCGAAAGCAUGCCUGGUUCUGCUGUGCCAGUACGAGCCGGUUCUGCAGUGGAGCCGCAAUUGUGACAACACGCUCUACCAGAUCCUAGUGGAGAUCCUCAUCCCCGACGUGCUCACACCUAUACCCAGUGCCUUAACACAAGCCAUCCGCAACUGUGCCAAGAGUUUGGAGAACUGGCUCACCGGUGCCAUGAUGAACAUUCCGGAGGAGAUGGUCCGCAUUAAGGUGGUGUGUGCAGGAGCAUUUGCGCAGACAUUGCGCAGAUACACCUCUCUGAAUCACCUGGCUCAGGCGGCCCGAGCCGUGCUGCAGAACUCGGCCCAGAUCACGCAGAUGCUCAACGACCUCAACCGAGUGGACUUCAACAACGUGCAGGAACAGGCAUCAUGGGUGUGUGCAUGCGAGGAGCGCAUGGUGCAGCGGAUCGAGCAGGACUUUAAGAUGACGCUGCAGCAGCAGAAGUCUCUGGAGCAGUGGGCCGCGUGGCUGGACAGCGUCGUCACGCACGUCCUCAAACCCUACACGUCCAGCCCGUCCUUCACCAAAGCUGCCAAACUCUUCCUGCUCAAGUGGAGCUUCUAUAGCUCAAUGGUGAUCAGGGAUCUAACUCUGCGCAGCGCGGCCAGUUUCGGCUCGUUCCAUCUCAUCAGGCUGCUGUAUGAUGAGUACAUGUAUUACCUGGUGGAGCACAGAGUCGCUCAGGCCAAAGGAGAAACACCCAUCGCUGUUAUGGGAGAAUUUGCCAACCUAGGCCGGAACGACAGCGCAGCAGAUGCAGAUAAAGAAGAGGAAGAAGAGGAAGAGGACGAGAGUGACGAGGACCAGAUGCCUAUACCGGUCGACGCGAAUGCUGUGGGGGAGGAGUCUCUGGAACCGCCCGCCAAAUUAGCCAGGACGGACCUGUUCAACAGCACUCACAACUAACACACACACACACACACACUAUUCAACACCACUUACAGCUCAUACACUCACAUAGACCUGUUCAGAGAUUUAUUUGAUAUGAACAUUACACAUCACUGAUCAAUCUCACACACACACACACACACACACACACACAGAGAUAUAUUAUACAGAUUUAGCUUUGUGUUCUAUCCUCUCUCUUAGUGCCAUGCAGUCGUUUGCCUUAUUCAUUAUUGCCUUUUGAGAGAACUGUUCUAUCUGCCACAGUGUAUCAAUGUUUAAUGCCUUAAAUUAUGUUAAGCGAUAUGCCUUAUAUACUUCAUCACAGCCCGUUUGCGAGAGUAUCUACACGCGUAUGCACACACACUGCCAGUCUGAACGUUGUUGUUUUGUUUCGUUUUAAUCACGCUCACAAUCCAAAAAAAAAAAAAUUUCUACUACGACAAUUGUUUAGUUUAUAUCAAACGCUAAAACGUAAAGUUCUAAUGCGUCGUCGUCCCUAUAGUAACGGCUCGUUCGCGGGGACGCGGUGUAAUCUGAGCUUUAACGUUUUCUGGAAGGAGGUUGUUCGUUUAACGUUUUAAGGAAGGAGUGUCCGGCGUCGGUGAGUUUUCCGACACGGGGGAAAGUAUUCCGGGUUUUGCACUUUACGGUUCCUGACUUUUUAAGGAAGAGUGAGAAAGGGGGAGAGGCUGGUGAGGGAACGGACGUGUGUCGCUGCGGUAACGCGAGAGGACUUGUCUUGAAGGUUAAAUGUAACUAUAACUGGAUAAUAAGCACAAUGUGUGAAAACCGGGGUCGUUGGAUAGUCGCUGGAGAGGAACGAUGGCUUAGAGAUCAGCACGUUUGCAUCACACCUUCAGGGAUGGGGGUUGGAAUCCCCGGCUCCGCCCUGUCUGCAUGUUCUCCCUGUGCUUCAGGGUUUCCUCAGUAUGCCCUGCCGUGUUCUAUUCCUUACCCAGGCACUCUCGAAUCCUUUCGAGCUCUCGAUUUUUUUUUAUUAAAGGUGAAGUUUCUAAUCUUUACAAACGUCGUCUAGCCCCACGACUGGUGUAUACAUUCGCAUAUACGCGACUUGUCUUGACACACAAUUGCUCUGGCUAGUUAUUUUAAUAUUUUUCCAACCUGGAAGAUUGACCCCAGCGUAUAUUUACUAAUAUAUCGGAUAUUCGAAAACCUUUUGACUGGCAGUGUGUACAGGUGCAUCUCAAAACAUUCGAAUAUCGUGGAAAAGUUCAUUUUCAAUUUUAGAUUUCACUUCGUGUAACGAAGCUAGGAUCUACGAACGUUCUACUUCUUGAAUGAAACGACAAGAAAAUAAUCCUUUCCCCACGAUAUUCAAACUUUUUGAGAUAGACAGAGAGAAUGCCUGCUUAUGUUUUAAACGAUGACGCGUCAGAGUUUUGGAGGUCGAAAAAAGGAGAGAGAACUACUUCUUUUUUAUUUUUUUUAUUUUCAUUUUUCGGACAUCGUGCUCUCUCGGACUUUAGCUGCCCGGUGCGUCGGCUCGUUUCCUCGUCACUUCGCACAGCCUUAAUUUCCUCCAUGCAAGCUGCAGAUCUGUCUCCGCUUUCCAUAACGGCUUGUCAGGGUUAGCGUUAACCCGUGCUACGAGUCUAACUUGGUCCCGCUAGCUUUGACGCAUCAUUAGAGACGCCGGCAUGUGCUUUUCCAUGAAGUGAUCUUUUGUGGCGAUCGAGAUAUCUUGACCACGGGUCGAUGGGACGUAGAAUUUGCGAACGAAAUCACCCACAGUCGUCGUUUUCGCAAGUCAUGAUUGUCUCGUGCGGACGCUAACAUGCUAGUAACGUUUCUGUAUUUUAUUUUAUUAUGUUAUUUUUUCACGUGAUCAUGUUUCCGAAAAAAACGAAUCAAAUCGAAGCCUUGGAGAUUUGUUUACGCUUGACGCCCUUUUGAGUUGCAGUGUUAUUGUUCAUGCUUUUGUAUUUUUUUUUGUUCUGCAUGCUUAUUUUGCCAGAAGAGAGAUUUAAGCUCGAUGCCUCGGUGUAAUACUUGUACUGCUUGUGCCUUUGGAGAAUAACCUCUGACUGCAGAGAUCUUUAAACAUAUGAAUAAAUUAAGAUGUUCUAUCGCUUA